CAAGCAGCCUCUGCCGAGUGACACAGAGAGGCCCACACACCCCAAGGCUGCAGGCCGCCGCUGAGGAGAUGUGCUCCUAGGGCUGGGAUGAGGCGCCUCUGGCGUUCCGCCCCCAGACCCUGGAGAAGGCGAUGCUGAUGUCAGGAGCAGCGGCGGGAGCAGCGCCGGAGCUAGAACGACUGCGAGCGGAGAGGCAGUAGCGAGGGAGGGCGCAUGAGAAGAACAUUUUCCGAGGUGGAGGACUUUGUUUACAGAGAUUGCAAAAUGAGCUUAGCUGAAGGUGCUGAAAUCUGCAGAAGACAUCUGUGGUGGGAAAAUGAAUCCUGGAGCCACCAUCCAGUGAACUUCAUGGAAGUGAAAGGGCUUGGAGCCAUCCAUGGCUGAAGACAGCCAGAGCAGACUGGUUCAAACGGAGCAGACUGAGCAAGGAGGAAGAAGGCGGAAUGUGAACUGUCUGAAGAACACAGUAAUCUGGUACGAAGACCAUAAAAACCGCUGCCCCUAUGAGCCCCAUCUCUCAGAGUUGGACCCCACCUUUGGGAUGUACACCACAGCUGUGUGGCAAUGUGAAGCAGGGCACCGCUAUUUCCAGGACUUGCACUCCCCGCUUAAGCCACUCAGUGACUCUGAGAGCGAGUGUGAUAAUGAAGAAUGAAAAGCAAUCAGGUGGCGGCGGCUGAAGAAGUAGAAACCAGAGAAGAACUUGGGCAGGACUCCUACAAGUCAAGGGGUGGGAUCUCUAGGCUCUUACCACUAUUUCUACCAAUGCCCAAACACUGGAUCCACCUCUCCCCUCCUGGCUCUUUACCACCUCUGUUCUUAUUAAAGUAUUCUGACAGGCCAAACAA